AUGCGCUACUUGCGUCGACUGUUCCCGGAUGCCAAGUUCGUGUUCAUGAUUCGCGACGGUCGUGCGGUCGUCCACUCGAUGAUCAGCCGCGGAGUGACCAUCACCGGCUUCGACCUAAAGAGCCAUCGGCAAUGCCUUACCAAGUGGAACGAAAUGGUCACCAACAUCAAAUUCUGCUUCCCGAUGCACUACGAGCAACUGGUACUGCAUCCCGAGAAAAACAUGCGCGAGUUGCUGAAAUUUCUUAACAUCCCGUGGAACAACUCCGUACUCAACCACGAGGUGUUCAUCGGCAACAAAAUUUCGCUGUCCAAAGCUGAAAAGAGCACAGACCAGGUUGUAAAACCAAUCAAUACGGAUGCGCUGUCGACGUGGGUGGGAAAAAUACCGGAAGACGUUGUAAGGGACAUGCGUCAGAUCGCACCAAUGUUAGAGUUUCUAGGGUACGAUCCGUCAGCCAAUCCACCAAAUUAUGGCGAUGCUGACCAGUUCGUACUACAAAAGACAAAGGAUCUCCAUGAAAACGCAGAGUAUUGGCAGCGUAGGGCCCUUGAGGUCAGUUCCGCGAAUGGAACGUUGACAUCUUAA